GGAAGAUGAACCGUGCAAGAACUUUAGCUAAAAAAAGCAGGCCUCGUAUUAAUUCCACCAUGGUGCUGCCGGUGCUGAAUGAUCAACAGUUUACCGAAAACACUACAGGUGUGAAAGUUGACGUGCGAGUGAAGAGACAAAAAGUUUCACGAAGCUUUGUUAUAUUCAUACGCGAUUUAAUAUUCCUUUGGAGCACGCAUUUUCGUCCCGGUAGCCGCAAGCAUGUCCAAUAAGUUCGAAACCACUUACAGGUUGAAAUCCACAGAAGACAGUGGAGAUGAAGAGUCUCAAUCAAAGGAUAAUCAAAAGGCAGAAAAGAAUCCAUUACCUUCAAUAGAGAUAAGUCCAAAUGAGCAUAAAUUACAAUAUGCUUAUGCACUGUGGUACAGCCGGCGUAGUCCUGGCAAGACUAAUAUACAGAGUUACGACCAAAAUUUAAAAUUGGUCGGCAGAUUUGCAAGCGUAGAGCAGUUUUGGGGUCUUUACAGUCAUUUAGUACGACCAUCGGAUCUUACGACACACACAGACUUCCAUCUUUUCAAAGUUGGCAUAAAACCCAUGUGGGAGGACGAAGCGAAUCAAAAAGGUGGCAAGUGGAUAGUGAGAUUACGAAAAGGUUUAGUUUCUAGAUGUUGGGAAAAUCUUAUAUUGGCAAUAUUAGGAGAACAAUUUAUGGUAGGAGAAGAAAUAUGCGGCGCCGUUGUAUCUAUAAGAUUUCAGGAGGAUAUAAUAUGUGUAUGGAAUAAAACAGCGUCAGAUGUGACGAUAACAGCAAGAAUUAGAGAUACUUUGAGAAGAGUAUUACAUCUUCCACCUACUUCCACUAUGGAGUAUAAAACCCACAACGACAGUUUGAAGAAUGUACAUCGAAAUCUCUAAAGCUGUACAAUUUUGAAAAAAAGACAUAUUAAAACUUCCCUGACAGACUUAAGCCGAUUCUGAUACUUCCCAAAGGAUCACGUAUCUGAUAACAAAACAGUAAAAAAGACGUGAAAUGUUGGGAAAUAUCCAUUUGAUGAUACACUUCAAUCAUAAGUAUCUGUGUUGUAACUUAUGUAAAUAAUGACUAUAUGUCAAAAUAAAUAAAUAAAUAUCUUUAUUUCCAUGAUGUUUAAUAUGAGGAAAA